CACACUCUUAUAAUGACAUUGUAUUUCAUCUUUUGAGAAUAAAAUUUCUCUUUCUCACACACACAGGCACUCAUGAUACAGCAAUAGGUAGUGUAAGACGUGUGUUUUGUGUGUGUGUGUGUGUGUGUGGAAUAGAUCUGUUCAUUAGAUCUAUCCUUUAUUAGUCUAAUACGCUUCAUCCUCUACUCCUGCUCAUCUCUAUUAUCGCUCUCUCUUUCUCCGUCUCUAGUUUUUGUUUGUCCUGGAACAUUAAUGCGAGUGUUGGAGCCCAGUUCCGUGCGGGAGGCGGAGCAUCAGUCUGGGGCGUGGUGUAAAGACCCUCUGCAAGCUGGCGAUAGGCUGUACGUGAUGCCCUGGACACCCUAUCGCACAGAUAUGCUUUACGAAUACGCUUCCUGGGACGACUACAUCCAAAAUAGAGUCACCACCACCUAUAAAUUGCCGAGUCGAGUGGAUGGCACCGGUUUUGUCGUGUAUGACGGAGCUGUGUUCUACAAUAAGGAACGCACACGCAACAUUGUAAAAUAUGACCUGCGAACUCGCAUCAAGAGCGGUGAAGCUAUUAUUGCUACCGCCAACUAUCACGACACGUCGCCGUACCGCUGGGGCGGGAAAUCCGACAUCGACCUAGCCGUGGAUGAACACGGGCUCUGGGUCAUAUACGCCACUGAAGCCAACAGCGGACGCCUGGUUGUUAGCCAGGUGAACCCGUACACGCUGCGGUUUGAGGGGACGUGGCAGACGAGCUUUGAGAAGCGCAUGGCGUCAGACGCGUUCGUGGCGUGUGGCAUCUUGUACGCCGUUCGUUCCGUGUACCAGGAUGACGACAGCGAGGUGGGCGGAGACCUGAUCCUGUACGCCUACGACACGCGGCGUAACCACGAGGAGCCGGUGAGGAUCCCGUUCCCCAACCCGUACCAGCACAUCUCCUCCAUCAGCUACAACCCCAGAGACAACCAGCUGUACGUCUGGAACAACUACAUCGUACUGCGGUACCCGCUGGAGUUCAGCCCGCCGCAGCCCACCACAGACCCUCUCUCGACACCUCUUCUCUCCACCACUCCUCCGAGUGCGCUCUCCAGCACCGUGUCCUUGGGCUUCAGCCCCACUUCCGUCCCGUCCGUGACCUUCCACCCGGUGGGGGCUAUAAACAGGGCUCCGGCGGGGCGGCCCAUCACAGCCACGGUCCCGGUGACCGUCAGGCCUCCCCGCCGACCUCAGGGGCCGCGCACACCCAUGUGUGAGGGCCGGGUGACCCGCGGGGUCCAGUGGCCCCCGACUCAUCGAGGAGAAAGGGUGGAGAGGCCGUGUCCCAAAGGAUCCCUCGGUAUUGCGUCGUAUCAGUGUAUGGCUGAUGAUGUGGUGUGGAACCCCAGAGGCCCCGACCUCAGCAACUGCACCUCGCCCUGGGUCAACCAGGUCGCUCAAAAGAUUAAGAGCGGGGAGAACGCAGCACAUAUCGCUGCUGUACUUGUCAAUCACACACGGGGGCGGGUCUACGCCGGUGAUGUCACUUCCUCUGUGCGUCUGAUGGAGCAGCUGCUGGACAUUCUGGACUCACAGCUGCAGGCGCUGCGACCUGGAAACAAGGAGUCGGCCACACGCAACUACAACAAGCUUCAGAAGAGAGAGCGGACCUGUCGAGCGUUUAUUCAGGCGGUGGUGCAGACGGUGGAUAACCUGCUGCGUUUGGAGGCGCUGGAGUCGUGGCAGGACAUGAACGUCACAGAACAGUCGCACACCGCCACCAUGCUGCUGGACGUCAUGGAGAAAGGAGCGUUUCUGCUGGCCAACAACCUGUACGGGGGUCACUUCAGCGACCGCGCGCCCAACAUUGAUCUGGAGGUGUAUGUGCUCAACACAGAGAUGGAGCUAAAGGAUCUGUCCUUCCCGAACUCGUAUGACAGCGACAGCACCAUCUACGUGUCGGCAUCCACCAUCAAACAGUACAGCCGCAAUGGUCAGGUGAAGGUGGUUUUCACGCUCUAUAAGAACCUGGGCUCGUUCCUCUCCACUCAAAACGCCACGCUGAAGACGGACGGCAAGCAGAAGUCAGGAGGACAGAGUCUGGCUGUCAACUCCCACAUCAUCUCUGCCUCCAUGAACAAAGAGUCCAGCCGAGUGUUUCUGACCAAACCCGUCGAGUUCACGCUGAGACACCUGCAGCUGGAGAAUCACUUCAAUCCCAACUGUUCGUUCUGGAAUUACUCUGAGCGCUCGAUGAUGGGUCAGUGGUCAUCGCAUGGCUGCAGACGUCUGCACAGCAACAACACGCACACCACCUGCGCCUGCUCGCAUCUCACCAACUUCGCCGUGCUCAUGAACCACCAGCAGCCCGCCUAUCCCGGCGGCGUUCAGGGUCUUAUCCUGUUCGUCAUCACGUGGGUGGGGAUGGUGAUCUCUCUGGUGUGUCUGGCUCUGUGUAUCUCCACCUUCUGCUGCCUGCGAGGCCUUCAGAGUGACCGCACCACCAUCCACAAGAACCUGUGCCUCACGCUCUUCAUCUCACAGCUCCUCUUCCUCAUCGGCAUGGACAAGACACACUAUACAGUGGUGUGUCCGGUUCUGGCCGGUCUGCUGCACUUCUUCCUGCUGUCUGUGUUCUGCUGGCUCUGCAUGGAGACGGUGCAGCUGUAUGUGCUGAUGGUGGAGGUGUUUGAAAGCGAGACGUCUCGUCGUAAGUACUACUACCUCUCCGCGUACGGCUUCCCCACGCUGGUGGUGGCCAUUUCCACAGCCAUCGACUACAGGAGCUACGGAGGGCCCAAAGCUUGCUGGUUGAGGGUUGAUAACUACUUCAUCUGGACGUUUAUUGGCCCCGCCUCCCUCGUUAUUCUGCUGAACCUGGCAGUGCUGGUCAUCACCAUCCACCGCAUGCUGCGCCACUCCACCGUCCUGAAGCCAGACUCCAGCCGAUUCGACAACAUCAAGUGA